AUGGAGGACAACAUUCUGUUAAAGGCUGAUUCAUACAAAAUCUCUCAUCAUCGACAAUAUCCACCGCAAACAACACUUGUCUAUGCUUACCUUGAAAGCCGUGGCGGACCCUAUCCGGAACAAGUGUUCUUUGGUUUACAAUAUGUUCUCAAGAAACAUUUACUUGGACAAGUUGUAACGAAGGAAAAACUUGUCGAAGCGACGGAAUUUUGGAAAGAACAUUUCGGAAAAGAUAUUGUGGACAAAGACAUGUGGGAAUAUAUCAUAGAGACAUACGAUGGACAUUUGCCAGUACGUAUUAAAGCUGUGCCGGAAGGUACAGUCGUUCCAACGGGAAAUGUUUUGAUGACAAUUGAAAAUACCGAUCCAAGAUGUGCGUCAUUAGCAAGCUUUCUCGAAACGAUUCUCUUACAAGUUUGGUAUCCGACAACAAUCGCAACAAAUUCAAGAGAAAUCAAGAAAUUGCUGUUGAGAGCAUUGGUGCGCACAGGCGAUCCAUCAUUGAUUAAAACACAAAUGCAUGACUUCGGCUUUCGAGGUGUAUCUUCUUAUGAAACAUCUGCUAUCGGAGGAUGUGCUCAUUUAACAUCGUUCUAUGGCACGGAUACCAUUUCUGGAUGUGUUCUAGCAAGAAAUUAUUACUUAGCAAAAGAAAUAGCUGCAAAUUCCAUUCCAGCGAGUGAACAUUCAACGAUGGUUAGUUGGACGCGUGACCGAGAACGAGACGCUUAUGAGAAUCUAUUGAACACGUAUCCAACUGGUACAGUUGCAUGUGUAUCAGAUUCGUACGAUAUUUAUAACGCUUGUGAACAUAUUUGGGGUGGUUCCUUACGUGACAAAGUCUUGGCACGAGAUGGAACGUUAGUCAUUCGACCUGAUUCAGGCGAUCCGUUGGAAGUACUCAGUCGUUUAUUGAAUAUUCUAUAUGAAAAAUUCGGUGGAUAUGUGAAUCAAAAAGGUUUUAAAGUUCUUGAUAAACACGUUCGAAUUAUUCAAGGUGAUGGAGUUAGUUUGAAAACAAUUCAUGAGAUCGUUUCUCUAAUUGAAAAGAUUGGAUUCUCUACGGACAAUCUCGUGUUUGGCAGCGGUGGUGGUCUUUUACAGAAAUUCGAUCGCGACACAAUGAAAUUUGCGAUUAAAUGUUCCUACGUUGAAAUAACUGGUCUUGGUGGUUUGGCUGUUGCUAAAGAUCCAAUAACUGAUACAGGCAAACGCAAUAAACCUGGGCGUUUGAAAUUAGUCAAAGACGACAAAGGUACUUAUCGAACUUUGAGUAGUAUUCAACAUGCUGAUGAAUAUGAGCAAGCUGAAGAUCAACUGGUGACUGUUUUCGAACAUGGCAAACUCCUACAAGAAUAUUCAUUGGAAACUAUUCGAAAGAGAUGUGAUAUUCCUGUUGACCAAUUAGAUUCGAUUUCAUUCAUGAAAACGGAUGCGUUGAAAUAA